AUGGCAGCUACAUUUGAUGUUUCCCAAGCCAGGACACGGUUUCGAGGCCUGAAUCAGCCAGUAGUCCUACUUGAUAACGCAAGUAGAGUGCCAAAAACCUCGACACACAAAACUCAAUCUCGUCUCCACAAGCUACGACCUCCUCCCCUCGCUACCAUUGAUAGUGAACGACUACAUCGGCGCCGAGGAGAGGACCCGGAUAGACUGAAAGCCGUCUGGUCUGCAAUCGCCCAGCACGAGGAAUAUCUGCAAGAAAUCCUACUAAAGUUCCUGCGUGACAAAGCCGAGAAGGGCCUGGUAACCAUCUACGGCGAGCCACAGUCUAGCAAAGACUUGAGGGUCCCCGUGAUCAGCUUCACGGUUAAGGACAUGCCAUCUCGUCGAGUCGUUGAAGAAGUGGAGAAAAUCUCAAAGCUGGGGUUUCGGAAUGGGCAUAUGUAUUCCCAUCGUCUGUUGAAGGAUGUAUUUGGUCUUGAAGAUAUGGAGGAUGGAGUCGUACGUAUUAGCAUGCUACAUUAUUCCACAGAGAAGCAGAGAUGA